CACACAGAGCAAGAGUUGGCGUUCGAGCCUCGAAAGCAUAUCUCUCUCGCCUUGUUCGUAUGUAUACGCAACAUUGAAUAGUGGUGCGUGUGAAUCGAAAUCGGAGUAAAAAUCUCACUCGUCCGUACUUUAAACCGUCUUGGCUCGUCACUGCUCCGACGAGCGACCGCGAAUUAUCGCGAAUCGCGAGUGUAUCGCGCGGUGCACAAAGUGUGUUGAACGAGGAAACAACGCGACGCGAUGCACCGCGACACAAGAAGAACGUAGCAACCUUUCGACGAUUACGCAUGCAGAACAGGCCGGGGCCUGUGUGCGAUCGUGUCCGUCCGUCGUCGGUAUACAUUGUCAAUGAGUUGCGCUGAUUAUCUCUCUCUCUCUCUCUCUCUCCAACGAGUGUAACCUUGUCCUUGCGCGGAAGAUAGUGCCUGUGUGUGGCAACGACGACUGCAAUAAGUUCAUUAGACAGGCACGCGCGUGUGUUCGUUUGCGCUUGUCCAAGGGGUUUCUCGAGUCUUAUCACAAAGAGAGACACUGAAACUUUUUCGCGUCUUGCCUCCGCGACUCUCGUCGAGUCGUGCCAUCGUCAUCCGUGCGUUCGAUAGUUGCAGUAUAUUGCGAGAAUUUCGCACGCGCUCGUCGUCGUCGUCGUUGUGUCGUCUAGCCGAUAUAGAUUAUAGUCGUAUGCAGGCCAAACGAGACGAAACAGCUGUACGAAUCAAGAGGAAGGAAGAGACGGACAUCUGACAGCUCGACAGACAACGAGUGAUGCUGAUUGUUUGGCAAGGAGCCGCUCGGCGUGGCCUCUGCUGCAAUGGCCAGAGUCGAAUCGGCUCCACCACGCAGAAAUAUCAAUAUCAACAACGCGAUCAGCGCGAUGAGCAGCAACAGCAGCAGCAGCAGCAUCAGAAGCAGCAUCCAGGCGGCAACAAUAAGACAACGACAAUCACCAGGGAGCCCGUUAUCGCCAAAAAGCUCGAGCGUCCGAAGCUUUCAGAAGACCGAGAAGAUGCGGCUAAUCUAUGGUUGGAGUUGAAACCGCCGCGUAGGCUCCGCAAGACCGAGAGUCCUCACCUGAAGCCACCCACCAACUAUGAGAUCUACUGUCACGGGGAGCUGCUACACACGGUGCAGAUGGCCUCCAUCUAUCCCGACUCCAAGACCUUCGUCGACAUGAAGAUGCGCCACCCCACCCCCAUGACUCUGGCCCUGUUCAAGGAGUUCAUGAAUCGCACCGACAACGCCCCGACGAGGUCGCAGAUCGAGCGAUUCGUCAACGAGACCUUCGAGCCCGCCGGCUCGGAGUUCGCCAGCUUCGACCCGGAGGACUGGGUGGCCGAGCCCAAGUUCCUCAAGAAGGUCCUGGAUCCGCAGCUGCGCAAGUUCGGCAGCGAUCUCAAUCACAUCUGGAAGAUGCUGGGCAAGAAGAUGCGCGACGACGUCAAGGACAACGCCGACCUCUACAGCAUCAUCUACGUGCCGAAUCCGGUGAUAGUGCCGGGCGGUCGCUUCCGCGAGUUCUACUACUGGGACUCGUACUGGAUCGUCAAGGGUCUGCUGCUGUCCGAGAUGACGGCCACGGUCAAGGGCAUGCUGUCGAACUUCGUCUCGAUCGUCGAGCGCUACGGCUUCAUACCCAACGGGGGCAGGAUCUACUAUUUGGAGCGAUCGCAGCCACCGAUGCUCACCCCCAUGGUGCACGAGUACCUGCGCCACACCAACGAUUACAAAUGGUUGGAGGACAAUCUGUGGCUGCUCGAGAAGGAGUUCGAUUUCUGGAUGACCAAGCGGACGGUCGAGGUCGAGAAGGACGGCCAGAAGUACCUUCUGGCGCGAUAUCACGAGAGCUCGUACGGUCCCAGGCCCGAGUCCUACAGAGAGGACGUAUUGACCAGUCAGAGCUUCCGCACUUCGGAGGAGAAGGAGAACUACUGGUCGGAGCUGAAGACCGCCGCUGAGACCGGCUGGGACUUCUCCAGUCGCUGGUUCAUCCAUCCGGACGGCAGCAACAAGGGCAACCUCACCAAUCUCAAGACUCGCUCCAUCAUACCCGUCGAUCUCAACUCCCUCAUCUAUCGCAACGCCGUGCUGCUGGCCCAGUACAAUCGGCAAUUCGGCAACGAGAGCCAGGCGGACAAGUACGAGAAGCGAGCCCGAGAGUGGCAGGAGGCCAUCACCGCGGUGCUGUGGCACGACGAGGUCGGCGCCUGGCUCGACUACGACAUCAUCAACGAGGUCAAGCGCGACUACUUCUACCCGACCAACAUCAUGCCCCUGUGGGUGGGUUGUUACGAUCCAGCCAGGAGGGACGAUCACGUCUCCAAGGUGCUCAAGUACCUGGAGAAGAGUCAGAUAAUGAUGAAUCAGGGUGGCAUACCGACGACGUUGGAGCACUCGGGCGAGCAGUGGGACUACCCGAACGCGUGGCCACCGCUCCAGUACCUGUUCAUCAUGGCGCUGGACAAGACCAGCGAUCCGUGGGCCCAGAGGCUGGCCUACGAGAUCAGCCAGAGAUGGGUGCGCAGCAAUUACAAGGCGUUCAACGAGACAAACAGCAUGUUCGAAAAGUACGACGCCACGGUCUCCGGUGGCCACGGCAGCGGCGGCGAGUACGAGGUGCAGCUCGGCUUCGGCUGGUCCAACGGCCUGAUCCUCGACUUGCUGGACAAGUACGGGGACAAGCUCACCGCGGAGGACAGCUUCGAGCACGGGGCCAUGGACCGGGCGGGCGGCGCCCUGACGAACGACGCCGGGCCUCAGGCCGCGGGCGUCGUCUCCACCUCGGGCCAGAUCCUCACGGGGAUCCUGGCGCUGAUUAUCUCGCUGGCGGCGGGAUUCAUCGGGUGAGAUAAUGUUCCUCGAGCUGUGUUCGAGAGACGCGUAAUAAGGAUUCGUUGGCGAACAAAAAAAAGUUUUCAAGCAUUACUUUGACGAGUCAAUCUUAACGAGAAAAAAAACAUAAUCGACGUAUAAAAAUCGCUGGCCGAUGCUUAUACCAAAACUAUACAUAGUAACGAUUAAUCAACGUUUUUGAGGAGAUGUUCCUUAAAAAACUUUUUUACGUGCAUAAUAAUUAUUACUAUUACAUUUAUAUAUUUAAUAUAUAUAAUCGAAAAGAAAUUGAUCUCGUGGCCUGCUGUAGGAUCAAUGUAUCGAGUAUUUUUCAUAUUCGCGCGUACAUUCGUCAUUUAUUAUUUAUCAUCGAGCGUAAUAAUUUCGAAACGAAAUAAGGGUUAUAUCGAUCGAGAGUACAACCUUAGAAAGAGCAUCUAUACCGAAUCACGUGUAUCACGCGCGGCCGGUGUAUAUCAUAGCGAUUCAUCUAGUCAAACGGACAAGUGUAGAUGUACAUAUUAUUAUUAUUAUAUUUUUUAUCGUAUAAGCGUGUAAUGGAUGAAAACGGCGCUCGAUUGUUGUGUUGUGCUCUUGUCAAUACUUCGUUGUUAUUGUUUGUUUUUUUUUUCUGUUCCCCUACUUGUUUCCGUUCGUUGUUGCGUUUUUUUGUUUUUUAAGAGAGAAAAAAAAACAAAAGAAAAGAGUCUAAUCCGCGUACGGCCGUCGUAACUGUUCUUCAUUAUUUUUUUGUGUCCCCUUUCAUCGUAAUGUGCAAAAUCGAUAAAUGUAAAAUCGCCAAAUCCCUCCGUGUCGACUCUGCUUCUCGUGCAUCUGGGACGAGCAAAGGCCGCGUCGUGCAUCAGCAGCAGCUGCAGUUUUAAACUUUUGCCGUGCUAUCCGUGCACGGGCCAUCGUUACAUAGCAAGUUCAAGCGUCGUCGUCGCGUUUAAAUGCCAAUUGAAGCGAUUUUCCUUCCCCUUAAAUGUACCUUCGCAUACACGGUGAGCGAUUCGUUAAUACGUACGACCUCUGCGCGCCGCGCGCGUAUCGGUUAUUAUUUUCACGUCGUAAAAAAUCAUCAUGUGUAAAGAUGUGCAAUAGCGAUAUUUUUUUACUUGUAAUUGUCAUAGAUUUAUAAUUGAUGUACAUUGUGAUACUCAAAAGAGCUCGUGUUUACCCGUGAUAAGAGAGAGAGAAAAGUUUCCAGCAAAGUAUCCAAAGCUCGCUCGAGGGACAAAACUUACACAUUCGAUCGGACGUUGAGACAAUUUUGUUUUCUUGCAAUAAUAAUUAUAAGAACGAGCCUUAAAGAAAAUUAUUUUUUGUAAAUAAUUGCUCGUUUGUAAAGAAAAAAAUUAUCAUUAUUAAUUAAGUAGAUAUUUAUUGAAUUAUAGGAAGAAAAAAUUGCCUGAAAUGAGAGAAAAGCGAGUUUUAUGCAUGAUUUUUGCUUAGUAGGUCGAAUGAAAGAAAAAAAUGAUACGAUAAUAGGCUAUACAUGAACCAGUGAUCCAAUAGUUUACAAUACAUCUUUACCUAAAAUAUAUUAAAAUUUCUUUAGGUAGUAUAUUUAAUAACGAAUAAAUAAUACGAAUGUAAAAAUAACUUUCAUUAGCAAGUAAGGCAAAUAUUUUCUCACAUAAGUGAAUGUAAUUACUUUCGUUUUUUGAUGUACAUAUUAUAUGUAUUUAUUUUUAGCUAAAGUAUGAAGCUUGCAUCGAUGUCGUAGUACGUCGUCGACGCACCUAAAAAUAAUGCAUGAAUUUUAUUAAUUUGAAUAUCUUUCUUAUACUUAAAUAUCAUUUAUUUUUUGCUAAAAUAGAUGUUGUACAUAACUCGAUUAAACUUAUUAAAAAUGAGUCUAAAUGCAUGAAAAAAAAAA